AUGUUCGGGACGUACGUCGGACUCGAGUCUAUGAUUCGCUGGAAAUCGUCGGCUUUCACGUCCAAGCCGGCUGCACCGCAAGCGAGGAAGAAAGCCGCCGAAGAACAAAGGGGCAGAGGGACGGGCGGAUAUGGCGACGCAUACGGCAAAAGAGCUGAGGAAAGAGAGAGCGUCAAGAUCGAGAAAGAGAAGAGGGAGGCCGUAGAAGAGAGAUACGGAAAGGAGGGCGAGUACUACGACGCACACAGGAAAAGAGCGUUGGAAAACGAGAGGAUCAGGAUCGAGAAGGAGAAAAAGAAAGCAGCUGAAGAAGAGAGACGCAGGGUCGAGAAAGCGAAGCGGGAGGCUGCCGCUGAAGAAGACAGGCGCAGCAUCGAGAAACAGAAGAGGGAGGUUGCAGCUGAAGAAGAGAGGAUGAGGAUCGAGAGAGAAAAGAAGAAAGCCAUUGAAGUAGAGAGACGCAGGAUCGAGCAAGCGAAGGGGGAGGCUGCCGCUGAAAAAGACCGGCGCAGGAUCGAGCAAGCGGAGAGGGAGGCCGUCGCGGAAGAAGAGAGAGGCAGAAUCGAGAAAGCAAAGAGGGAGAGCCCUCAAGAAUCGAGACGCAGAAAACAGCUGGAAAAUUACGAGACAUACAAGAAAGCAGCCGAGGAAAAAGAGAGGAUCAGGAUCGAGAGAGAGAAGAGGGAGAGCCCUGAAGAAAUGAGACGCAGAAAGGUGGACGAGUACUACGAAGCACGAAAGAGAACGGCUGCGGAAAAAGCGAAUGCGAAAGCGUAG